GUUACAAAAAAAUGUUAUUAAGGCCAUGGAUAUUUAUAUUGGUGAAUGUGUUGAGCCGAAGGUUAUUGAGAACCCAUAUGAACUUUUAUCUCAUAUUAUUUCAUUUCCGAUCGCUAACAUUGUUGUUGGUGAAGAAUGUUAUUAUAAUGAGGAUAUUUUGGAAGCUUUUAGGGACUUGACAUCUGCGGUUUUUAAACUCUUUAUAGUACCACCAAUAUUAUCUUUUAUACAUCCAUGGCUUCAUCAACAAUUUGUCACAAUGCCUUUAAGGUUUGGUUGGAAUCCUGCUUCUAAACAUUUUGAUGUAAUUAUAAAACGUAUUAGACCAGUCGUUGAAAAACGUCUUAAUGAUAAAAAGAGAUUAGGUGAUGCUUGGGUUGCACCCUUAGAUGCAUUACAAUAUUACUUAAACGAUCCUGAUAUAACACCAGAUCUCGAUCCAAAUCAUGUAGAUUAUGUACAUAUUGCUAAUGCAAUUGGUUCAUUUAUUAUUGCUGCUAUGGGAACUACUACUAGUUCUGGUGCCCGCGCUUUAUACGAUUUGGCUACUAGGAAAGAAUAUUGGCAAGAAUUAUAUCAGGAAGCUCAAGAAAUUAAUAAGCAAUGUAAUGGCAAUGAACUUACUAUUGAUGAUAUUGCUAAAAUGGUGAAAUUGUAUAGUUUCGUUAAAGAAUCUUUAAGAUUUACCAGUAGAGUAGUUGCCUUACCGCAUAAAUGUGUUACUAAAUCACAUUAUACCUUUGAGAAUGGAUAUCAAAUCCGAAAUGGUACUGUAGUUAUGGUCAACAUGCUUGACACAGCUUAUGAUGAAGAACUUCAAGGUCAAAAUCCUACUGAAUUCAAGGCAUACCGCCAUCUUGACCGUAAUUCUCCUGCGACAAAACUCGAACGUAACUUUAUAAUAUUUGGAGGUGGAAAGCAUGCGUGCCCGGGUAGAUCUUUAGCUGUUAAUGAGGUUAAAGUAUUUUUACAUAAAGUUAUGUUAAAAUAUAAUGUCAGUAUUGAAAAUGAAAAAGUGAUGAAAAAAUAUCUUGGUCCUAUUCCUAGAAUGUUUAAAGCUAGUUUUGUGUUUGAAAAUAGAAAGGAUGUUGUA